GUAGUUUGUUACGGUCUGUUUGCAUAUUUUGGUGGUUUGUAAUUUUUAUCGUUUCACAAAACAAAAUAUAAACAGCAAAAUGAGCUCAAUUCAAGAGAGGUUGCAAUUAAAACGUGUGCCACUGGAUACGUGGAAUAUUCGGGAACAACUGUGUCUCGCAUCGGCGGUCGUGCGCAGUGGAGAUCAAAAUUGGAUGUCUGUCUCUCGCGCUAUCAAAACAAUCGGCGAAGCCACCAGGCCUCCGGAUUGGUAUUCGCAGAAAAGCUGUGCAGCACAGUAUGGUGUGUUGUUGGAAAAUGUGGAAACACCCAAAAGAAAGAAACGGAACUCAGAGGGCGCUGUGGAGACCCCACAAGAGAGUAUUUACAAAUUGCUUACGCAACAGAGAAUUGCAGAAAUACAGAACACAUUGACAGAAAUGAAUAAUCAAUAUGAACAACUCAAGAACGAAGUUGCGGAGGUGUCGAAUCCAUCGACAAGCGAGGAGCGACUGCAGGAGCUGUGGGCGGGCGUGGAGGCGGCGAAGCGGGCGAGAGAGAGAGAGAACGCGCGGCGCGCUGCGUGGCUGAAAGAGAGGGAAGACAGACGCGCGAGGGCCGAGAGGACUUGGCGUCCGACGACCACACCACCGUCUACACCGUCGCCGGCGCCGCCGUCGUCGCCGCUGCUGACAUCGCUGCUCAAGUCCUCGCCCGUGGUGACCACGCCGCAGCACAUACCGCACCCGGCUACCAUCGUGGACGCGGUGUCGCCGUCAGCGGGCGCGCCGACGUUGUCGCUGCUGCUGGAGCAGGGCCAGCGGGAGAGUAAGCACGCCGCCAUCGAGCACAUCAAGAGCCAGCUGGUCCAGAUCGAACACCAGCUCAAGGCGAGCUCAAGUUCCCCCGUGGUUCCGGCGGUGCCGGUCCCGGCCGUGGUUCCCGGCGCGGCGCCGGUGCCGGCGGUCGACAUCGACGACAUCGAGAUCAAGGCGGAGGACGUGUACGCGUUCCGCGACGUCGACAUACACCUGCCGCCCGUCACCGCCAUACACAAGCCCGCCAGGACGCCAGAGAAGGCGACUCUUAAGAGAGACGAAGAGGCACCCGCACCGCCGCCGGUCGAGGAGGAAGUGCUACUUAAGGAGGAGCCGGCGCAGGCGGAGGCGAUGGUCGCUGACGUCACUUCGGAUGUUGAAAUGAGCGAGGAGCCGGAGUCAACGUCGAAACAGGAGCCGGAAGCACCUGAACCGGAAAUCAAGGUCACCGAAGUCGAGGUCGCCCCCGAGGUUGCCCUCGAGGUCACCGAGGUGGAGGUGAAGUUCCCGGCGGCGGAGGUGAAGUUCCCCCCUCCCGAGGUGAAGUUCCCCACGCCUGAGAUUAAGAUCAUCGCACCGGAUGAUGACCAGGUGAAAGAAGAAAUGAAGGGGGAGGCGGAGAGCACCGCGGUCGAGGACGCGCCCCCAGACCCUCCUCCCGCAGACGAAACGCCUGAGAGAUCUGAUGUUACCGAGGAGUCGAUACCGGAGCCCGCGGAGGCAGCACCCCCCGCACCCCCCGCACCCCCCGCGCCCGCCGCGCCGGCCGCGGAGCCCCCCGCCGUGGACCCCAGUGACAUCCCGCUGCCGCCCGGGGACCCCGCCCCGCCGCCCACCGACAUAGCGAGUAUACCGUCCCCGGACGGUCCCGCGCCGGCGGACAGUCCCAGCGAGCUGGAGAUGAUCCAGCGCGAGAUGGAGGGGCAGGCCGGACGGGCGGACGUUGACGACGGACGGACGGACGUCCAAGACGGACAGACGGACGCCGAUGCGGACCGGACUGACGAGCAAGAUGUGAAGAAGGAGGAUGACGCUGAGGACUCAAUACCGUUGAAGGAGAUGAUGGAGGGCGUGGCCGGUGGCGGCGCGGGGGGCGGGGCCGGCGGGGAGGCGCGCGAGGACGACAACACGGAGACUGACGAUGACACGCCCAUGGAGGUACGCAUGUUGAGUCGAGAAGAGGAGAAAGACGGCAAGAAGAAAAGGGACUACUCGCGGAAGAAGAAGUCUGACUCCAGAACGUGUUCGGGUUCGGAGAGCGCGGCGGAGGCGUCCGCGCCGGAGUCGCCGAGCGCCGCCGACGAGCGGCAACACCGACUGUGGCGGAAGAGCGUCAUGCUCGUUUACAGCAGGUUAUGCGCCCACAAGUACGCGUCGCUGUUCCUGCGUCCGAUCUCUGACGAGGAGGCGCCGGGGUACAGUACAGUAGUCAAGCGGCCUAUGGACCUCACCACGAUCAGGCGUCACAUCGACGCCGGCCGCAUCCGCAGCACCGCGGAGCUGCAGCGCGACGUGCUACUGAUGCUCGCCAACGCGCUCAUGUACAACAGCAGCCGGCACAGCGUGUACACCAUGGCGCGGGAGAUGCACGAGGAGGCUCAGAAUCAGCUGGGUAUGCUACUAGCGGCGCAGGCGCACGCGGGCUUGGUAGCGGAGCCGCCGCGCCGCAAGCGCCGCCCCGCCGCGCACGCCACGCCCACUAAACGACGACACACCUAGCUGGCGGAUGAUGCACGCUCGACUGUAGACUAGAUGUGUAUUAGUUCGUGUACAACAUAGUCUCGCAAUAGUAUUUUAAUAUAAAACAGACCUUAAAAUUGUACGUAAG